AUGGCCUCAGGGUCCCAGGAGGGCAAUACAGCCCUGGUGGGUGCUCCAAGCUGGUGGGGCCCUGAUGCUGUGGUGAGCUGUGACAGUGGGCAUGGCUCACCGCCUGGGGCAGCCCCUCAGAGGCGGCGGCUGACACGGAGACCAGGCUACAUGAGAAGCACGGUCGGUCCCGGGAUCGGGUUCCUUUCUCCAGCAGUGAGCGUGUCAUGCCAGAUCUCAGCAGGGCCGACAGGCCAGGAGUCCCACUACUCACAGUCCAGGGCUGGACAGUGUGGCCUCGACCCCAGCAGCCCCUGUCAGGUGGUGGGCAGCCCUUUUCUCAAGAGCUCGCUUGCCCCUGCUGUGGCCUCUGUGGGUGGCUUGCACCCAGCCCAGAGCUCUAUGAGAGAAACACCAGUGCACUUUGCGGUUCAUUCCAGAAAUGGCAACAAACUGCCUGAGAGACUAACCAGGCCAUGUAGGCCUGGGGACAGUGGAUGUUGGCAAGACUUUUUGUCUUCUGACAGCUCUAAGUCCCUGGCCCCUAGCCUUGAUGUAGCGUGGAGCGAGGGAUCGAGGGGCCUGAAGACUGUGAAAGCCCUGGCAUCACCAGGGUUGAGUGGCUCUGCUGACAUCCCAGCUCUUCCUGGCUCCCAAGACACCUUUACAUCCAGCUUCAGCUUCAUCCAACUCUCCCUUGGUGCUGCUGGAGAACGUGGAGAAGCAGAAGGUUGCCUACCAUCUAGAGAGGCUGAGUUCCUUCAUCAGAGCCCCCAAGACAUGGCAGCUGAAGCGUCCAGCUCAGACAGGCCCGCUGAGGACCCUCGACAUCUCUGGACCUUCAGUCUUCAAGCUACUUCAGGCUUGGUGGAUCAGUUGACAGGGAGCAGCAGCAAUCCAGAACGUGGCAUGGUCUCUCCCUUGGAUACUGGCUUCUCAUCCCAGGACCUGACCUCAGUUGGUGGGUGGGGCGACCAGGGCAGCGACUGGGCAGAUACCUGCGGAUGGGAUUCUCUGCUCAGCGAAUGGCAGCCUGUGCUACAGGACUACCUACUGAGUAACCGCAGGCAGCUGGAGGUCACUUCAUUAAGUUUAAAGCUUCAGAAACUUCAAGAAAAAGCAAUUGAGGAUGGUGAUUACGAUAAAGCAGAGACACUGAGACAGCGUUUGGAAGACCUGGAACAGGAGAAAGGCCAUUUGCCCUGGGUUCUGCCUUCACAACAACCGCCUCUUGCCAGCUUCUUGGGCUUCCUAGCAGCACAGACCCGGGUGGCCUUGCACGGAGCCACCCAAAGGGCUGGCAUCGAUGACCUAGAGGCCCCACUUGAAGGAGAGCCAAGGACCGCUGCCCAGGACAGCCUGCUUGCAUCCAUCACUAGGCGGGACUGGCUUAUUCGAGAGAAACAGCAAUUGCAGAAGGAAAUCGAAGCUCUGCAAUCGAGGAUGUCUGCGCUGGAGGCUGAAGAACAGCAGCUGAGCCAAGCGUUGGAGGGGCAGGAGACACUGCCCCAGGGGCAGGGCUGUGACCUGACGCCACUGGUGGCCCAGCUGUCCCCGGGCCAGCUGCAGGAAGUCAGCAAGGCCUUGGGAGAGACCCUGACCUCUGCCAGCCAGGCUCCUUUCCGCGUGGAGCCACCUGAAACCCUCAGGAGCCUCCGGGAAAGGACAAAAUCACUGAACCUGGCUGUUAGAGAAAUCACCGCUCAGGUGUGCUCAGGUGAGAGACUGUGCAGCUCUCUGAGGAGGAGACUCAGUGACCUUGACGCCACGCUGCCUGCCUUGCUGGAAGCCAAGGUGCUGGCCCUCUCAGGAAGCCACUUCUGUACAGCUAAGGAGCUCACGGAGGAGAUUUGGGCACUGUCAUCAGAGCGGGAAGGGCUAGAGUCGCUCCUGGGCAGGCUGCUGGCACUCAGCUCCAGGAAUGUCAGAAGGCUGGGCAGUGUCAAAGAGGACUACAUCAAGUGCAGACAGGACCUGGCACUCCAGGAAGCUGUCCACAAAGCAAGUGUGAAGGCGAACACCGUGAAGUACAUGGAAGUGCUGGAGGGUCGGCUGCGCAGCUGCAGGUGCCCACUGCUUGCAAGAGUGUGGGAAGCCGACUUGGAGGCUUGUCGGCUGCUGACGCAGAGCCUGUGGCUCCAGGAAGCAGGCAGUAGUCCACAUGCAGAAGAUAAGAAGCAGGCAGACGGCCCAGGAGAGGCCACCUGGACAGCUGCCCUGGCUGUCCAUCCCAGACCCCACCCCGAAGAGGAGAAGACCCCCUGGCAGGUGUUCCAUGAGGGGAACACUCACUCAGCCCCCUUACCACACUGUGCUGGAGGCCAUCAGAAAGAGGAAUCUCACAUCAUCUCUGCUGAAGUUGGAGAAAAAUGUGAAGCCAUAGGCACGAGGCUCCUGCACCUCGAAGAUCAACUUCAUAGGGCGAUCCACAGUCACGAUGAAGCUGUCUUUCAGUCUCUCCAGGGGGAGCUCCAGAUGGUGAAGGAAACAUUACAGGCCAUGAUCCUGCAGCUCCAGCCACCAAAGGAGACAGGAGGAGAGGCCACAGCCUCCCAUUUGACAGCUGGUGUUCAGGAAGCACAGGCCUGA